GGUUGCGGCGGCGACAAGAUCCUCCGGCAACAAAACUUCGAAUUUCCGGCGACAUAAAGAUGAGUGGGCGAGACAAAGGCAAAGCAAAGUGUUUGCCUACAGAUUCGGGUCAUCGUCAUCCUCAUGAUAGAGGGGUGACAAUCUCAUCGAGGAAGGCUAGAGAGUUGCUUUUCAGGAGCACUCAGUCUUCAUCAGGUGCAGAAACGGAGGAAGUACCAGAGAUUCUUCCUUUGUCUGUUGCAUUGCCUACUAGUAUUAUGGACAUUGAGCCGUGGAGACCUCACUCACCAUGGAGAGGCAACCCGAUGGCGGGGGACGAUCAGGAUGCGGGUGCUUAUUACGAUAGUCAGCCGGAGCAUCCAUCAACGGACGCAGAGGAAGGUCGUCCGUCUCGGGGAUGCAAACCACGUACCUCUCGUGGUCGUUUUGCACGUUCUUCAGAUGGAGCAUCGUGCAAUGCUCCGGGAUCCGGGAGUAGUAGGCCGGGCAAGAGGAAGGGGGCGGAGGAGGACACUUCAUGGCUAGUACGUGACGCUAGGCCAGGUGGGCCGUUGGACGGUAGUGUCAUACCUAGUUUUGGAGGCCACAUAGCGGCACGCGUUUGGGCUGGGGAGGAUGAGAGGACUAUGUUGAAGUGUCAUAACCGGGAGAGGACGUGCAGUAAGCUUCAGGCGUGGUACGCUAGCAUGACACCCGAGGUUCAGGGAUGGUAG